AUCCAUGGAUGAAUGAUGACUUCCCAAGCACAGUACCUCUCAACGCCAUAUCACUGGACGAUAUCCCCAGCAAAAGAAGAACCCAACCAAGUAUUCAUGAUGGACGCCAAUGUUUCAACGACUCAAACAGUUCUGCUAGACACACCCGACCUGACGGUGUACAUCGUUCUAAUUUUCGUCGUCCUCCUUCCAUUGUCACUAUUCGUGAUCGUCGGAAACAUCUUGGUGAUCAUCGCUGUCUACACUAGUUUCCACCUAAGAGAAAGAGCUUUUUACUAUGUCGUAGGUAGCAUGGCAGCCACGGAUAUGCUUGUUGGGUUUUUGUACAUUCCCGUCUAUUACAUGGCUAUUUUCGUCGAUUCUUACAAGGAGAGCCUUUAUGGCUGUCUGGCAUCAAUUUCCAUUCUGCUAGUACCUUCAAUGACAUCGAUUCUUCAUGUUCUUGUCAUCGCCGCGGACCGGUACAUCGCCAUCUGUUUUUCUUUAGAGUAUCCCAUGAUCGUAACUCGACGGAAGAUCUUCACUACUAUUGCCUUGAUAUGGGUGUACGCUCUUUCAUUUAAUGCUCUCCCUUACCUUGGAUGGAGGAAAAAGCAUCCUCAUGUUCCUCUCGCAUAUUGUUUCACAGAUCAAGUAUGGACUCCUUCAUUGGUUUGUUUACAGUUUGGUUUGACCCUCAUUGUUCCUCUAAUCAUCAUGACAUGCAUCUACGAGCGCAUUUGUAGAAUUGCGCAUCUUCAAGCGCGUAGAGUCGACCCGCUGGUGAAAUUCGUCAAAACCAGCGAUGAUAACAACGCGGCUGGACAAUCAUCGCUCGGUUCUAGUGACGACAGGGGUGCUAGUCCCCGGGCGCCUCAACAACCCGUUGUUCGGGUUCAACCACCGAUGUCUGAGUUGAAGGCUGUCAAGACAUCUGCAAUAGUAUUGGGGACAUUCAUUGUCUGUUGGGUACCUGCAUACGCCGUGCAUAUAACAUUCACAGUCAUCAAUAGCGGUCGAGAUGAGCCAAUUCACACCCCCAUAGUGGCUAUCCUGCAGGCUUCGUCAAAUGUCCUACCUUUCUUCAGUUCAGCUGCCAAUCCAGUUAUUUAUGCCUUUCGUUCCGAAGACUUUCGCAAAUCCUUCAGAAGGUCACUCAGGAUUUCUUCUUGA